AUGAAAAUACUCAUCCGUAAGACUUCACCCAUUUUUAAAAUUUUUAAUAAAUCCUUAAUUGAUUUACCUUCACCUUCUAAUAUUUCAACUAUAUGAAAUUUUGGAUCUCUUCUAGGACUUUGUUUAGGAAUUCAAAUAGUAACUGGAUUAUUUUUAGCAAUACAUUAUUGCCCUAAUAUUGACUUAGCAUUUAGAAGUGUAGCUCAUAUUUGUCGAGAUGUAAAUUAUGGAUGAUUAAUUCGAACUCUCCAUGCUAAUGGAGCCUCUUUUUUCUUUAUUUGUAUUUACAUUCAUAUUGGACGAAGAAUAUACUAUAGAUCUUAUAAUUUAAUUGAAACUUGAAUAAUUGGAGUUACUAUUUUUUUUAUUGUUAUAGGAACAGCAUUCCUAGGAUAUGUCCUACCCUGAGGACAAAUAUCUUUUUGAGGAGCAACUGUUAUUACUAACUUAUUAUCAGCUAUUCCAUAUCUAGGAACAACAAUUGUUCAAUGAGUAUGAGGAGGAUUUGCAGUUGAUAAUGCUACUUUAACACGAUUUUUUACCUUACAUUUCUUAUUACCUUUAAUUGUCAUCUCCUUAGUAAUUAUUCAUUUAUUAUUUCUUCAUCAAACUGGAUCAAAUAAUCCUUUAGGAACUAAUAGAAAUUUUGAUAAAAUCCCAUUUCAUCCUUAUUUUUCUUAUAAAGAUAUUUUAGGUAUAUUAAUUAUAUCUAUAACUCUUUUAAUUUUAACUUUAAGUAAUCCUUAUCUAUUAGGAGAUCCUGAUAAUUUUAUUCCUGCUAAUCCUUUAAUUACUCCCGUACAUAUUCAACCCGAAUGAUAUUUUCUAUUUGCUUAUGCUAUUCUACGUUCAAUCCCUAAUAAAUUAGGAGGUGUUCUAGCUUUAAUUAUAUCAAUUGCUAUUUUAUAUACUCUUCCUUUUUCUAAUAAAAAAAAAAUUUUAGGAAAUCAAUUUUAUCCAAUAAAUAAAAUUUUAUUUUGAUCAUUAUUUACUAUUAUUAUCUUAUUAACUUGAAUCGGUGCACGUCCUGUUGAAGAUCCUUAUAUUAUUGUUGGACAAAUUCUUACUAUUAUAUAUUUUAUUUAUUUUUUAAUUAAUCCUUUAAUUGCUAAAAUUCAAGAUAAAAUUAUAUUUAAAUAG